AUGAUAUGGUGGAAACUAGCGGUGGUUGUGGUGGCGUGGCGGGUGUUCAACUCGCUCUCCCUCGCCACGUUCUUCCAGGCAGACGAGUUCUACCAGGCGCUCGAGAUCGCCCAUGAACGCGUGUUUGGCUAUGGCUACGUCACCUGGGAGUGGCCCGAACACUUACGGCUGACCCUCCACCCGUCAAUAUACUCGUUGGGGUACUCGUUCCUCCAGGCGUUUAGUGCUGACUCGCGUUCAGCCGUGAUUCUCGUCCCCAAGUUUAUUAAUGCCGCCAUCGCUGCCAUCUCCGAGUUGAUGCUAUAUAAAUGGCUUGGCAACUACGACCCCAGUGUCGCCACCAUAACCACGUUGCUUUCCUUGGCUAACCCGUUCAAUUGGUACGUGAGCACGCGUCUGUUUGCCAACCAAUUCGAGCAGAUGUUGACGAUGUGUGCCAUGGCGUGGUGGCCGUGGUCCACCACUAAUACUAAGGGGAAGAAAAGACGUCCAUCUCACUUGAAAACGGCAUUGGUUUUUGCUUGUUUAAGCUGUAUUGUUCGUCCCACUAAUGUCCUCUAUUGGAUCCCCUUUGGUUUAGGUCUUUUAGUGAGGUCACACACCAAAGCUAAAUUGGUAGUGGUUACGGUGAUCGUGGCCGCAGCGACUUUAGCUGCUUCGGCCGUGAUUGACCGUCAAUUUUACGAUACGUGGACGCUACCGAUGAUUAACUUCCUCAGGUUUAACGUGGUCAAUAACCUCCUGGUAUUCUACGGCACUGCCCCCUGGCACUUCUACAUCGGCCAGGCGCUUCCGAUGAUGCUUAUGACCUAUAUCCCGUUAUUCCUCUUAGGGUUGGCCAAGUCAGCGAGAACGUCGGCAGAAAUGGUGGCGGCGAUGGUACUCGUCGUUUUGGGAUUCCUGGCCAUCGAACAUAAGGAAGUGAGGUUCCUCCUACCAAUUCAACCCCUCCUCAUGUACUUUUGCGGCACCGGUGUCCUCUCAGUGAUGCGCAGUCGCUGGUUCAAGCCGGUGAUGGCGCUCGUGAUCACCGCCAAUGUCGCCGUGGGGUAUUUUUUGGCCCGAGUCAACGAGCGGGGGGCCAUCGCCAUCGUUGACUACCUUGCCGACGUCCACCUGUUUGCCAUAUUGGCCCCGUGCCACCUGACUCCCUGGCAGUCUCACCUCCACAACCCUCAGCUUAACGGGUGGUUUCUCACCUGUAAACCGCCGCUUAAUGUCCCGUUGGAAGGGUACAUGGAUGAAAGCGAUGUGUUUUACGCCGACCCUGAAAAGUGGCUCGAAACUAAUAUGGCGCCUAACUGGUCCCAGCUCUCGCUAGGGAGUAGAAGGGCGUGGCCGACUCAUCUCGUGAUGUUCCAGGCACUCGUACCCGACUUGGAGCUGUAUUUGGAUAACUCGCCUUACAGGGAGUGCCACCGGGAGUGGAACUCGUACUUCCAUUGGGACGGACGCCGCCAUGGCGACUUGGUGGUAUUCUGUCGCCAAUGA